UUCUCCCACCCAAAAACUGAAAUCAUUCUCAGUACGUCAAACGUGUGGAAAGGUCGCGUUGUUUUUCGCUGCCGUGAAAAAGAGGAAAAACGGUUUUUUUUCAUUUUGCAUUUCUAUUCCUUCGUUGGUAUACGCUGGCCAAGCAGAUUAACAUUUUUGUGAACGUGUGAAGCGGAAGUGAAUUAAUAGUGGUUUCAGUGUACCCUAAUCCGGAUCGUUUUCCCGAUUCCAGAUGGUGAAAAAAUUGCGUUACUAGUGGUAGUCGAAUUCCGUGUUAAAAGUGCUUGUUUUUCUACGCUUCCGUCGUUCGUCGCUCCUUUGUCUCUCCAACCCACUCGACCCACACCACACACGGUGACUGGCGGUGUUGCGUGUACGGGAGGCUCAAAGUCGUAGAAAAGAUACAUCGUCGCGAUAAAAUUGCAUCGGAGUAAGAAAUAAAAAAACGGAGUUUGUUCGUCGCCUGUCUUCAUUUGUGUACGUGUGUAGCUGCGGCCCAGUGAUUGGUGAAUUGCGAAAAAGAAACGAAAGUUCUUACUAACCACCAUGUCGGAGGAAAAGGUCAUCCCGGCGGAGAACUCGGACGAGCUAACGGGUGGCUUUCUGAGCAACGUCGUCAAUGAGAUCAUGUACAGCCCACUGAAUCUGGUUCUGGUGGGUGUGAUCACAUUUCUGGUGUAUAAAAUUUUCCGCAGCCGGCAGCAACCGGUCGCCCCCGCACCGGAGCCAGAGCUUCCCCGGCUUCGGAAGGACUUCACGGUGGCUGAGCUGCGGCAGUUCGAUGGCACCCAGCCGGACGGACGGGUACUUGUUGCCGUUAACGGCAGUGUGUAUGAUGUAACCAAGGGAAAGCGCUUCUACGGACCGGGUGGUCCGUACGCCGCGUUCGGCGGCCGAGAUGCCUCCCGUGGUCUAGCCACCUUCAGCGUCACCAGCAACGAACAACAGGAAUACGACGAUCUGAGCGAUCUCGGCCCAAUGGAGAUGGAAUCCGUACGUGAAUGGGAAAUGCAGUUCAAAGAAAAAUAUAUUCUCGUUGGUCGCCUGCUGAAACCGGGCGAGCAGCCAACCAACUAUUCCGACGAAGACGAAGACACCGUGAACGAGUCAGCACCAUCAGUAGCAGAACCAUCUGCGCCGUCCGCUAACGACGAUAACAAGCCUAGCAAACCUGCCGAGACAGCAGCAGCAGCAGAGUCAACUCCCGCAGCACAAUCAUCACCAAAGCCGGAAAGCAAAGCCAGUGAGGAGGUCCCCUCCAAGGUGGAGGACGUGAAGUCCGGUGGUGAUGCGAAGCCGAAGGACGAGUGACGCCCUAAUGGCAACAGCAGCAACAAAUGUAGUAAUAGCAUCAUCAUCAUCACCGACAGCAGCAGUAGCAACAACAACAACAACGACAACAACAACCGCAGAGAUGUUGACGGUAGUAGUAGUAGUAGCAGUAGUAGCAGCAGUAAUAGGUUCGAGAAACUGCCGGAAGAAGCACAACAACAGUUUUCGGCGAUGAGGACGACGGCCUACCGGGACAACGCGGACAAUGACGACGACGCAGACGAGGACGAUGGUAAGGUGGAACGCACCGAUAGUGUAUUUGAUCAGCAUAGUAUUUGCGAUAUGUUUGGAUUUUAACACUGAUUUGCGGGGGUAGCAGAGUUGUGUCGAGAUGAGGUGAUUUUUUAGCUGGGAGGAAACAUUUUCACUUACGCAAGUGAUCGGCACAGGGCGUUGUUAUUCUGAGGUGUGCUUUUGUGGAUUAAUUGUUACUGGUUUUUAUGUUCGAUGUGAUUCGAAGAAUUGUGCGCUCAGCAGAUGUUUAAAGUUUAAUAAACUAUCUAAACGUGGCGGAACUGGUUCUGCUGUUAGGGUUGGAAUCGCAUAGGUCAGUUUUUUCGCAGUGGUAACUGUGUCCUAAUUCAUCUCAACCUUUUUUUUCAUCCUAAUCCAUUUGAACACACGCUGGUUAGAGCAGCGCCGGUUGUCUUUAUUUAACGCAUUGGCGUAAGUGAUGGAGUGAAAGUAGUCAUUUGCCUUCGACCUUUAUGAUCAGUCCAAUUCACUUUGCUGCAACCGUCAACCGGAUGCAUGUGUCCAUCAUCGUCUCAAAGUUACGUGCCACAAUAUCAAGGUCAUCGGCGAUAGAGAAUUUGGUAGAGCACCUUUUGGGCAGUGUUCAGCAAUGUGAUUACUCGGUAGUUGCAACAAUCCAACUUACCAUCCUUUUUUUUUCUAGAUGAUAUAUACAACUCCCUCCAUUCAAUCUUCGGGUAAAAUUUGAGAUAUUCGAAAUCACUAACUGGAGUGCUCUGCCCUAUGUCUCCUUCGUGUUUGAUCAGCUGACAUUGCAGUUGACUUCACAAAGGUUAUUAGGGUCUCUGCACAUGUUCACUUUGUCACUAUCUCGUAGAAUGUUCAUGUGUCCUUAAUACGGUACAAUUGCACCAUUGCUUCGCUAUCAUGAUCUUCCCGUAGGCGAUUUUUGACUUUGGCCAGUACCGCGCUUUUUCUGAACCGUUACUUCUUUUUCUCUUUUACGGGGAACGUGCCAUUUGAGCCAAUAUAUUCUGAUAGCGAUUCGUAUGUUGCUCCUUGUCAGCAUGAUCGUCUCGUAGCUGCUCGAAGUUGACCCUCGUCAUCCGUGCCCGGACGAGUGUUGUACACCGUCGACAGCUUCUAGCGUAUGCAAUCUUUGUUCUAACAUCUAACACUUUUUAGGUUUAUUUUCCGUCGACCUCUGUCCACACUUGAGUACCAAUUACCGACGCCAGAGAGUAACAAGUGAGGUUUUAUGACACUCUUGAAGCCCUUCUUAAAACUUAGAAUACACUUGUAGUGUGCUAUAAAACUAGAAAUGCUACUUGGGUCUACCGUCUGGAUCCUAGAUAUCGACCCCAUCAACACAUGGACCGGGACCAACGGCUUUAAGUCUGUUUCGAAGGAAGAUGUAACCACAGAUUUUUCACUUCUGACAUCUUCGAGCUCUGCGUCAUAUGCAAACCACCGAUCUUGAAAAACCCGCAGUCUUGAGAAGGUUUCAGGAGGCGAGCGAUUAAAACGGCCAAACGACAGUCCUGCGGAGACUUCGAAGGAGAAUAUCUCGCCGAUCAGCACGACUACUGAGCUAUGGCGCACAGUGAAUACCCUACGUGGUGGUCAACGUCUGCACACUUUGGUACUCAAGCGAGCGGAUUGAUUUACGAAUGACCCUGAAGAAGUAGCGGAAGAGCUGGCGAAAUAUUAUAUCCAUCUAUCCACCAACCUUUCAAAAGCAAAGACGAAACACCGAACUACAGCGUUUAGAUCGAUCACCCGACUCCAACGAAGUCUAGAAUAUCGGUAUCACUAUUGAUGAACUAUUGUUGGCGCUAGAUAAAUGAACAAAUAUUUCUACAGGUUCCGAUACGGUAGAACAUCCCAUGCUUCAGCGACUUCCGUUGUCCGUGAAAACGAUCCUCCUCGAGGUACUGAACAAUGUCUGGCGUAGCGGCGUAUUCCCAACUUGCCAGUGGAAUACUCUUAUCGUCCCUAUGCCAUCACCGAACUUUAACGAAUCCGGACCUGCAGCGUUUCGGCCUGUAUCGCUAGUUAGCCGCAUGGCAAAGCUGCUUGAACGGAUCAUCAAUCGACGUUUUUUUAUUUUAUUAACAGAUUAAGGCCGAAGUGGCCUGUGCCGUAUACAAAAGAUUCCUCCAUUCCACACGGUCCAUGGCCGCGCGUUGCCAGCCACGCAGUCUGCGAAGGGUCCGCAAAUCGUCUUCCACCUGGUCGAUCCAUCGUGCUCGCUGCGCGCCACGUCUUCUUGUACCGGUCGGAUUGCAAUUGAGAACCGUUUUCACCGGGCUAUUGUCCGACAUUCUGGCUACGUGCCCGGCCCACCGUAGUCGUCCGAUUUUCGCGGUAUGACAGAUGGGCGGCUCCCCCAACAGCUGAUGCAACUCAUGGUUCAUUCGCCGUCUCCAUGUGCCGUCUUCCAUCUGCACUUCACCGUAGAUGGUACGCAGCACUUUCCGUUCGAAGAUACCAAGUGCGCGUUGGUCCUCCACGAACAUGGUCCAGGUCUCGUGCCCGUAGAGAACUACCGGUCUAAUCAGCGUCUUGUAGAUGGUCAACUUCGUGCGACGGCGAACUCUGUUCGACCGAAGUGUCUUGCGGAGGCCAAAGUAAGCACGAUUUCCUGCCACGAUGCGUCUACGAAUCUCUCUGCUGGUAUCAUUGUCGGCGGUCACCAGUGAGCCCAAGUACACGAACUCUUUAACCACCUCGAUUUCGUCGCCGCCGAUGCAAACUCGAAGCGGGCGGUUCUCAUUCUCUUCUCGUGAACCUCUUCCUACCAUGUACUUUGUCUUCGACGUGUUGAUGGUAAGUCCGACGCGCUUGGCUUCUCUUUUCAGUCUGAUGUAGGCUUCCUCCAUCUUCUCAAAGUUUCGUGCAAUAAUAUCAACGUCAUCGGCGAAGCCAAGUAGCUGAACGGACUUUGGGAAAAUCGUACCACUCGUGUCGAUCCCUGCUCUUCUUAUUACACCUUCCAGCGCGAUGUUGAAUAACAGACACGAGAGACCAUCACCUUGCCGUAACCCUCUGCGUGAUUCGAAGGGACUCGAGAGCGUCCCUGAGACACGUACUACGUACAUCACCCGAUCCAUCGUCGCCUUCACUAAUCGCGUCAGUUUGUCCGGGAAUCCGUACUCGUGCAUAAUCUGCCAUAGCUGAUCUCGAUCGAUAGUGUCGUAUGCGGCUUUGAAGUCGAUGAACAAAUGAUGUGUGGGCACAUUGUACUCGCGGCAUUUCUGCAGUACUUGACGAAGAGCGAACACCUGGUCCGUGGUAGAUCGUUCGCUCAUGAAACCCGCCUGGUACUGCCCCACGAACUCUCUUGCAAUUGGUGAUAGUCGACGGCAUAGUAUUUGGGAGAGUACCUUGUAGGCGGCGUUCAGCAGGGUGAUUGCUCGGUAAUUACAGCAAUCCAGCUUGUCGCCCUUUUUGUAGAUAGGACACACGACACCUUCCAUCCACUUCUCCGGUAAAAUCUCCUCCUCCCAAAUCUUGGUAAUCACCCAGUGCAGCGCUUUAGCCAGUGGCUCGCCACCGUAUUUUAGUAGCUCGCUUGGUAUUUGGUCAACCCCAGCGGCUUUAUUAUUUUUGAGCCGGCUAAUCUCCUCCUGGAUUUCUUGGAGAUCCGGAGCCGGUAGUGUCAUGUCUUCCGCGCGUGCUCCCAGGUACGUUACCGUGCCAUCCUCGUCGUCUGCUGCAUCGCCGUUCAGGUGUUCUUCGUAGUGCUGCCGCCACCUCUGGAUCACCUCACACUGGUCCGUGAGAAGAUUCCCGUUUGUAUCUCUGCACAUGUCGACAUCAAUCGACGUCUGAUUGCCGAAUUAGAGUCAAACGUUCCGGGCAUGGCAUGGAAAUGUAUCUGGCUGAACUAGAGAAAUCAUUGCCAAUGGUAGAUGAGCACAGUCUAAUAGCGUCUUUGGACUUAUCGAAAACGUACGACGCGUUAUGGCGAAAUGGAAUCAUAGGUACGUUGAAAAAGUGACAAAUACGUGCCCGUAUGAUCAACUUACUACAAAGUUUCCUGUCUGAGCGGAUGAUUCAAAUUUCUGUGGCAGGAAAAUUCUCGCGCAUCCGUAACCUGGAAAAUGGAGUCCUCCAAGGUUCUGUUUUAUCAGUAACGCUAUGUCUCGUCGCGAUGCAGCCAAUAUUCAAUGUUGUUCCAAACGGAGUGGAGCUUCUCCUGUACGCAGACGACAUCCUUCUAAUCCUGGAGGUAGGAAACCGCUGCAUCAUAAACUACAGACUGCUGUUAAGGCUGCCGACAAGUGGACGAAAAGUGUUGGCUUUGCGAUCCCCGCCACUUUAUUUUACUGUAGCUCAAAUGCGCGACGUAAUCCUUCACGUAACAUCACCAUCGAACGGGUUGCCAUUUCGUACACAAACCGGCUAAGAAUUCUCUAAGGUGUUACUCUGGACCGCAUACUAAGCUUCAAGGCACACCGCAAGAUGGCGAAAGCGGCAUGCGCAUCGAGGCUACGGGUCAUGAGAGCGAUUGGUGCCCAACUUCCGCGAGCCGUUGGUCAAUGCUGAUACAUGUAAAAAGUAUCAGUAAAGAACGUGGUAUAGCAUCUCGGAAUGAACUGGAACGAGGCCGAAGGGAUUCGCUUAACGGAGAUCUCUGGUACUAGAAUACUUAGCGCACGACCAGACAACAUGUUUAAUAUCGCGAUAACCGCCACCAUAAACGCAAGAAACCGCUUUCCACGACCUCAAUACGUCAGCGAUGAGACCUCUACGUAUAAUGAUUGUACAUGGCCCGAGAUAUCACCCGAAUGAAGUCAUGACCCUCAUCCAUUCUCUUGGACCGAGGUUUGUUGAUACCUUUGGGAUUCCUAAACUUGCAUCGCUCCACGAAAUUUGCCGAUUUUCGAGCGUCGCGCGAUCUUUCAUAAAUAUCACCAGAGCCUAAAAAAUUGACAUUUUUGCGUGAACUUGACAGGAAACGAAAUUCAAUUCAUGCCCGCUGCGAUGAAUGAAACGUUUGGUUCGUUUCCCUCUUCAUUCGUUCUCCCGACGCAGCGCAUUCAGGUUCGGACGUGUUCGGUUUCAGAAGCAAAGUGAAUUUUGUUUUUAUGCUGGCUCUGAGAAGGAUUAUUGAGCAAAAGUGCAUCAGAUAUAGAUUACGCAGUUUACUUAUGCUCGAAAAUGUGGAAGAUGCCAACUUCUGCCUUCAAGAUGUCCACAUAAUAACAAAUGAAUGCUUUGAUUGGUGAGGGAAUUUAUUUUUCCCAUACACUCAAGCAUUUGAUUCUGCAUGAAAUUUCAGUCAGUUGGAAAGUGAAUGAAUGAGGGAGGCGUUGAAUCUGAAUGUCGGUUUCGGUAAAUGCAAGCAGAAAUAGGUAACUGAUUUUGAAAUUUCGUGGCUUUGAAUAUCACCUUCUAAAUGUCCACUAUCUCAUUAUCAUUCUAAUCCAAGUGUCCGCCUUCUCAUUACCCGGAUGCGAAAGAAUUCAAACUAAAGCAAUCUGAUAUGAUUUUUCAGAUAUAGUGCUCAAAAACUCCCAUGUCCCCAGGAAAUACAAAGAGUGUUUUCCAUACUCCAUCAAACGGAGAGCCUCCUGAAACUGUAACGAUCUGGACAUGGUCGUUGAUAGGUAAAUAUAAAACCAUCAAUUUUGUGGGAAGAAUACUGUCAUAAUAAUUAGCAUAAAAGCGAUGCAUAGCUGUCAUCAUAUGACAAACGGUCCAUGUAUUCCAAUCACAGGAUGAAUCGAAUAUACAACGCAGGCCCUAGCCACCAGACGAAACAUUGUUUCUCCGAUGAUCUGCCUGUUAAUCCGUCGACGGACCGGUGCCAAUAAUCGCGUUUUUUUAGCUUUCAUCAAGUUUUUCAUUUGCAUUUGUGUAGCGUCACGUAUUUUGGGAAAAAUUCGGGCAAUCCGACGAUCAAAAGUCCCAUCACGAAGUAGGAGACUGUUCACACGGUUGUUCGCGAUGGAUACUUGUUUCAUCCGACCUUCAAUCGUAAUGCAAAUGCAUUAUGUAAAACCUGACUGAAAUUUAGGGACACUUGGGGUUUUUGAUGUCCCAUGUGGAAAUGCCUGCUAGUUUUCUAAGAUUACCGAGACCAGGAACCACUUACUUUGGUUUUGUAACAGCACCCAGAACAAGGGACACUCUUAGGCUUUUACGAGGAAGCUUAGAAGAUGUUCCCACAAUGGGAUGGUCAGACUCUCGCUCUUCAGUGUACAACGAAACGUAGAAAUUAGUCGUUGUCGGUUGCGUAGCGCUCUUUUGCAUUAUCGGAGCGUUCCUUAAAAGAAUGUUUCAUUUUGUCCCCACAAAAUUUAUAUGUCAAGAGAUCAUGCGGAGUCUCUCCACAGUAGGAAAACUUUUUAUGAUUCUCUCCGCAUUUUCCACAGCGUGCGCCCUUGUUUCUACAAUAAGUCGCUAUAGGUCCAAUUGUUUGCAACAAUUGCAAUUCAUGAUCAAAGUUUGGAAGAGCAGAUUCGGCGAAAGGUUCUCGAAAUGAGGCUGAUGGAGAAUAAGUUGUUUCCGUAUACUCCUUGAUUUUUCCUGAACGCAAUUGCUUACUAGAACCAGAAUUUUCAUUGGCCGAUGCAAAGGGUUCUUGAAGGAGCGAACCCCAUACUUCGCAAUUAAGGUCCCUGUUGGAGACUACACCAUCAAUUUCUACUUCCCGGGCGGGUACAUAGACAGGAUGGUUCUUCGUACACGGUCAAGUUAUAUUUAAUUAAAUCCUGCAUAUAUCAAUGAUGUUAAAUGGCUUAUCUUUGGCCUCAUUCAAGUUUGUUAUGAAUGUGUACAUAUUCAUUAUUGAUACAUUUUGCAUAUAUCAGGCAACUAGCAGUUGGGAAAUUGGAUUCUGAGAUGAUUGUAACUUUCAUUGGUUUUAGUUUCAGUUUGGACAAGGAAAAGUUUUUUUCAAUUAACUUUUUUUCCUUAAAAGUGUCCAACUUGACGGUUUUUGACGGUAGAUAUAUUCAUAUUCACCUAUCUUGGAAUGAAAUUUCAUCCAAAUGAAAAAUGUUUUUUUUGUAAAUCGACUUCAAAAAUCGUUUUUUUUUCAGUGUAGAAGUCGAUGAAGAAUUUUUUCAAUAUUUUUAUUCAAAAGUUUGACUAAUUUUGUGAAAAUGACUCCAACAACUUUGUUUUGUAGGAUUUAUCAUUUUUUGACUAUAGCCAGUUGAAAAAAAAUGGUUAAAAGGUUAAAAAAGUUUGACCCUUUUCAAAAGACAGUCUAGAUCAUUUUUGGAAUAACUAAGGUUGUAAAGUGGCUUUGUGUGACAAAGUUCUCAUGUACAGAAAGUAUCAUUCAAAUCUGAGAGGGUGCUGCCAACUCUGAAUACGAUUUAGCGCGAAAUUCGUCCAUGGCUUACUGAGUUCGAGAUGCAAAGGAUUUAACAGAAAGUUUAGUUUGACUAACCUCGACCGUUAAAAAAAAUGAAAUUGAGGCAAUUGAACAGAAAACAUUUUUCUUAAAAAACUCCGCAUCUUUAUAUCAGUCGAUCGUGGAACUAUGCCGAAGACACCAGCCUUCUAGGACUUUUCGCUAAUAAGUUUGAUUCAUUCGAGCGCCAUCUGUACCGUAAAGUUCAGUAGUAAAUUUUCCAUUUCAAAAGACAGUUCAGCUUUUUGACAAAAUUUUUCGAAGAUCUCAUAUCUCUAGGGUCUAAACUCGAGGAGCUAACAAAUUUGAAUUGCUAGAUCAGAGCCGGCGUUACACUUUUAGUCCGAGUGGGUAGUAAGAUAGGCGCAAGUUGAGGCGUCUAUUAUUAGUGAUUUGUCGCAUUUUCACAAUACAAACAGGGUUGCCACUAUUUUUCAAAGAAAAUCUGGCAGUUCAAUUAAAAAUAUCUGGCAAAAUCUGGCACUUGACAGCGACCUCAUAGUCAUCGAAAUUUGGCAUAUAUUUUAGUUUUCCUAGAAUGUGCAUCAAUCGAUUUUUGUAAAAUUUGGGACAUUUUUACCAAAAUUACCAAAAUGUGUAUGCAGCCGCUUUCAAAACUUAAAAAUCUGACAGAAUGAGAGAUUUGUCUUUUUGUCUGAAGGCUGCCAAAACCUCUGGCUGUGCCAGAUAAAUCUGGCAUAAUGGCAUCCCUGAAUCCAAACACUUACCUUACAUGGCACCCAGGGCCAUCGAGAGCCGCGCCGGGCCCCGGGGUUUGAAGUACUGGCAGACCCUACCAUAUAUGACUUCUUAUUUCAAUAUCUAUUAGAGAAAUUAUACGUUUCAAUUAAACUAUUUUUUAUGAAAAUUGUUCAUUUGAUACGAUUCAAUGCGUUAGCUUGACAGAGCCGUCAGUAUUUUAAACAUGUAAUAGACGGAAAACAUAAAAAUUAAUAAACGAAUAUUUGUGGCUGGCCAUCAGAAUGACUUGCGUCCGACUUGCCAUUGCAAUUGGAUUCCUUUUUUCGCGGCGUUACCAUACAGUCCAUAUCGCCAUCGUUCAUGCUCCCUUGACGCACGUUAAUGCUACCAAGAAUCAGAGCUUAGAAAAAUUGACAUCCCUGCGUGGAAGCUUGAAAGAAAAAACAAAAUUAAAUUCAUGCCCGCCGCGUUGAAUCGAAUUCCCCUUGCUUUUUCGGUACAACGCAUUCAUGUUCGCAUAUUUUCGGUUUUAAGAGCAAACUGAAUCUUGUGUCUAUGCUAGCUCUGAGAGUGAUUAUCAAGCAAAAGUGCACCAGAUAUAGAUUACGCAGUUCAGUUAUGCUCGAAAAUGUGAAAGAACUUCCGUCUUCAAACUGUCCACUAGAGUGACAAGAAAAAAAUGACCCCUAUCGGCCCACCCCUGAGUCGAUUCCUAGUCCUACCAGCAGUGCUUGCUCCAAAUUUGAAGCAAAUCGGACAAUUCUAGCUGCCGGACCAACGUACCUGAAGUUUGCAUGGGAUUUUUCGACAAUUUAGAUGGAGAAAAUCCACUAGCUCGCAUUUUUGCCGCUAGGUGGCACUGCAUGCAUCGUAUUAUCAUUAUAAGUGAAAAUAAGAAAGAUAAUUUAAUUCUCUACAACUUUGUCGAAGAUUGUCAAUCCGACUUUGUUAAAAGAAGUUAUUAACCUUUUAGUGAAGAGAUGUCUGAGUCAGUUUUGCAUGGGGCCUAGCAGUGUAUGGUUGUGUAUCAGUACUCGAUUACCACGAACUAAACAUUUUUGUGAAAUAGUGGUUAGGUUUAGCUCAAUAGCAUGUUCAGAGGAAUUAUAGCAAAUAAUACGAGUAAUGUUUUGGUUUGAAAAUUUUAGUUUCACCUGUUACAUCAUAGAGGGCGCCAACACUAACUUUUCAACGGGUAGCGAUAGAAAUUAGGUGUCCUCUACAAAGUUGUAGAGCAGGCAAUUUGCAGUAAUUCUUCCGAACAUCUCAAUAUUCUAUCUCUCUUCCAUAAUAAGUUAGUGCUAGCGCCCUCUAUGUGGCCACAGGUGGAACUAAAAUUUUCUAACCAAAGAAUAACCCGUAUCAUGUACUACAAUUGUUCUGAACAUACUAUUCAGCUAAAUCUAACCAUUAUUUCACAAAAAUGUAUAGUUCGUGGAAUUCGCGUACUGAUACACAACCAAGCGCUGAUACGCCCCAUGCAAAACUGACUCAGACAUCAUUUCGUUAAAAGUUUAAUAACUUCUUUCAACAAAGCCGGAUUUACUGGCAGUCUUCGACAAAGUUGUAGACAAUUAAAUUAUCUUUCUUAUUUUCACUUGCAGUGACAAUAUGAUGAAUACAGUGCCACCUAGCGACGAAAAUGCGAGCUAGUCGGUUUUCUCCAUGUAAAUUGUCGAAAAAUCCCAUACAAACUUCAGGCACGUUGGUCCGGUAGCUAGACUUGUCCGAUUUGCUUCAAAUUUGAAGCAAGUACUCCUGGUGGGACUAGGAAUCGACUCAGGGGUGGGCCGAUUAAGUUUUCAAAAAAUCAUUAUUUUUCUGGGCAGUCUACUGUCCACAUAAUAACAUAUGAAUGCUUUGGUUAGUGAAUGAAUGUAUAUUUCCUCAACCAUUCGAUUCUUCAUAAAAUUUCAGUCAGUUUGGAAGUGAAUGAAUGAGGGAAGCGUUGAAACUGAAUAUUAUUUUCAGCGAAUUGAUCAGAAAUAAGCAACUAAAUGUGAGAUUUGCUGUCUUGUUUCUUUGUUGGUACAUGCUGUUGAUUUUGAGGUACUGGAUGCAGCUAUUGCAGUUGUCACUAUGACCUGAACGAUUUUUUUCUUUAUCGGUUUCUGAAAAUGGUAAAAUCGGUUUUCGGAAUCAGUUGCUACAUUUGUGCUGACAUUCAGAGAAAAAAAAUAUUCCGAAUGCGAAGUCUGCUGUUAAAAAGACUGAGACAGAGAGCUGUGAGAGAAAGAGAGACUUUUGAUGAAAACUAAUGGCUAGAAUAAGUAUCUGGGUAAAUUCCCAUAUUUUUCUGCAUCGAAUGUGCACACUGGAACCUUUAUUUAAGAAUCAAGCCAAGGGUUCGUAAAUUGAAUUAGUUCGGUAAAAAAAGCCUUCGUUUUUUGGGAUCUAGAUCGUAAAAAAAAUUCGCUUCACAUUCUUAUUUAAAAUUCAUUGGUUGAGCAACAUUAUCGAUAACCCUAACAGAAUUGGUAUUUCCGAAACUGGCUUGACAAGUACAUGAUGAAAAUGGAUAUUUGAUACCUUUCUGAAAUCCAGGAUGGAGACUUCCGAUUGAACAAUAAUCUUGUUAACUCUAACAAUUUGGGAAUUUUUGAAACGGGCUUGACGAGUAGAUAAUAGAAAUGGUAGCUUUGAGCUAUUUCGAACAAUUUCUGAAUAAACUAUGAGAGUAUUUUUAAGCGGCUUUGACGAGUAAAUGAGCAAUGCUCUUUUGAAGACCAAGAUAGCCGGCCCUAUUCUGCGCGGCGUGUGACGUGAGACGACUAAUCUCACCUCACUUUACGUGACUUUUCUCACCCUAUUCUGAGAGUCGACUCGGGUGAGGUGAGAUUCCCCAUUGCGGUUAAAUGUCACCCGAAGUGACUCUUCAGAAUAGGGUUAGAAAAGUCACGUAGAGUGAGGCGAGAUUAGUCGUCUCACGUCACACGCCGCGCAGAAUAGGGCCGAGCGUCUUCUGGUUGAGAAAAGUUUUCUAUAAUCAUAUCAUCCGUAUCACAAAUCACUAUAACUAUAUCUAUUCUAUGAUUAUCUUAUUUCCGAAAUGUCAAUAUUUUAGGUUAUAUAGAGAUAUCUUAACUGGAAUUCGCCAUCUUGGUUUUCAAAAUGGCUUCAUAUAUUGAUUUUCGUCAUCUACUCGUCAACCCCAUUCCGAAAAUAUCCAACUUUUAUUAGUAACAGUUAGCUAAGAAUAUGUUAAAUUGUAUACAACUUCAUACUGUACUGUUCGUAUUCAAACUUUUUUUACGAUCACCUUUAAAAACACUUACGAUAAAUGUAGCAAGAAUGGUUCAAUUGCACUUGUUCGCGCGCGCGUAAUACCGGGUUCUUCGGACACUUUGAGACACUAAUUUUCACUACUGAAACCACUUUAAUUUUAUUGCGCGAACGAAAAACUAAUUAUAAUUAACGGAGCAAAAAAGACGAUCUUAUCGUCACGGCGGUUUAUUCAAUCUGAUCUGUCUAGUACAUAGAUCGGCUGACCGGCUGCCGGGUCAAGCACGAUAGCAGAAGGCCUAUUCGCACUCGACCAUUUACUACCUGCACUCGUGGAGUGAAACAGGCCAAAACUUUACACGGGAGAAAGCGAGAACGGUCUGAUCGCGACGUGUGGAUCACAUUGGGGAUGAUCAAGUUUUUCUACCCUAUUAUUUAAUCUCUCGCUCGAGCAGCACUGUUAAAUGAAUCUAAUUCGGUUACGUUCACGUACUUCAGAAAACUAUUGGAACGUAGUUGAUUGUGGUAUAUUUGCAGUGCCAACAGAAACAAUAAACUUCAACAAUUAAAUUAAAAUAAAUUAAAUUCAGUUAAAAAUGCGGGCCCCAGGAUAGUUGCCCCGCUGACCCCCCUCUCGUCGGGCCUGGGCACAACGGAAAUUUCAAACGCGCGCUUUAUGCCCGGCAUGCGGUGGUGGAUUUCAAAUUUUAGGUUUGUUCCAAAGUUUCAGGUGGGUAAUGACCCACUCGGUUAUUUUCGAGUGGCUGGUACUACUCAUACUACCCCCAUUAUCCGCCCGGCUCUGUGCUAGAUUUGCAUCUGUGUCCCAUUGUGCAUUGUUUGUUGACUGAAUAAUACAUUAAAAAUAUUGUGGUGUCCUUAUCAAUGAGAUGAAGUUGAGGUACCUUAGUUAGUGUCGAGAGUGGCUGUUACUGGCACAUCGUGCUAAAAAUUUGAGCUCUUAAAAAGAAUGAGACACUGUUUAGAACUCGGUUCGUGGGUGGAAUAUUAACGUCUCAUGUUAGACUUUUCAACAAUCGAUAUAAUUUAACCUUUCCACAGAAACGUCCAUCAUGCAGAACUUAUUGCUGCUAGAGAGCCUCACUUUCAUUGAUUUGGACGUGUCAAAUUCACACAGCACCAUAACAACACGACCCGUAUCGAUCCUAGCCUACUCGACCAGUACUUACCGUAUUCUCGCAAAUUGUUGUCGUGUCUCCCUUGCGCAUCUUGCAACUCUUGCAAAUGAAGAACCCAAAAAAACACUCCUGCUACCAAUUGAAGAAAGCAAACUACUAAACGUGUCUUGGAAUACUAUACAUUGUAUUGUCGACUUUACAACAAAAAAACGCAUUCACACAAACAUUCAUAAAACAUCAAAUGAUUUGUAAAUGUAUAUCCUAAUCUUAAUUGUUAAUGGAAAUGAUGCUCGCACACCAUACGGAGGAGAUGUUCUCUCCGGAAUAAUUCAGAUGACUACUAUUUACAACAACCUAAUACUAAUCCUAUGAUACAAAUACACACAGACAAACACACGCAGAAAGAGCCAACGACGAUCGACCUUAAUUAAUUAACUUUCACAUACACACAUCUACAUUUGUUGCUUUGUUGCAAUCAUUGCGACUAUAUACUGAGACAGUGAGAGAGAAAGAGAGAUACAGAGAAUAGUUGAUUCUCCGUUAAAAAAACUUUGCUUAUUUGAUAUGUUUGAUUUUAUCGGAUAUUGAUUUUCAACCAAAAUUUACCUAAGACUAGUUUCAUUCUAUUGAAAACAAAUUAACCGACGUCAGAUUCCAGCAUAUUUCAGGAAACGAAUAGUUUAGAAUUUGUUCGCAUCCUAUAACCCUAAACGUGUAAAACUAACCGAACUGGAUAAAUUCGAAAAUUUAAGGAAAAAAAAAAUUAUCUAUACAAGAAGGGAAAACUCUAUGUGGUUUAGAAAUAACGUAAGUUUUAAGGAUGUCAUUCGCCGUUUUAAAAUGGUUCUAGUGUAUAACUUUAGGCAGCGCUGGUUUAUUUUUAUAAUAUAAGAGAAAACUGCAGACAACCCUGGAUGCUGCUACAGACGCCACAGACACACCUACACAUACACCCCCAACAACAGCUCCGGAAAUAUUAUGCAUAUAGAGGUGAGAAGUGUUUCGUACGAAAAAAAAGUAAAUAUAUAUAUAGCCACAUUUGCCGUGUGAUUUAACACCAGAAAUAAGGGCAUUAAGUGUACUGAA